AUGUACACCGGCCCUGGAGCCAAAGGUCAAGUGGGGCUGAAUAAUAACGCCAAAUAUGAACUCGCUCUUUUACAUUUCUCCUUCCCUUUGUCCGGUGACCCAGAAGCGAUGAGUCGUGGAAUAUAUGGCGUGGGUGUUGCACUCAGCCCCAGAGCUGAACGCGCUUUGCUGGGUUGGAUCCCAGUGAACAGUCGUCUCUGCGUCGUCCGGUUAUCCAGUUCAAUCAAGCUCAAUGCCUCGCGGCAUAAAAAGCGGUGCCUGUUUGUCGUGUCGGCUUAUGCCCCGACGGACUGCAGUUCUGAUGCGGAGAAGGAUACUUUCUAUCGAGAGCUAUCCAGGCUCAUUCGUCAGGCAAAAAGCACUGACAUUGUGAUCCUUGCAGGCGAUUUGAAUGCUCAAGUAGGUCGUCUGAGCUCCUUGGAAUCACAUUUGGGUGGUCGAUUCGGAGUCGAUGCUCGCCGAACAGACAACGGGGAUCGCCUCCUUCAGUUGUGUGCUGAUCACGAACUGUUUCUGGCAAGCACGAACUUUCAACAUAAACAUAACCCGGCGGCCGCCAACUACAAAUCACCCGUGGACCACGUGGCCAUCAGCCACCGUUGGAGAGCCACAAUUCAAGACUGCCGUUCCUUCUGGGGCACACCACUUAAUUCCGAUUACGCCAUGGUGCGCUCACGCUUGACAAUAAAGUUUGUGGUUGCAGGGCAUUGGAACAACAGUGUCAGCAGUGAUGUUGCUGUCUCUGGGGCAAGAUGGCUCAAGUGGUUGAAGCGCGAAUUUACUGGCCGGAAGGUCCGCGGUUCGAACCCGACCUCUGCCUCUCGGCUUCCCCUGUCUAGGCUUGGGCAACCUGGCGGUAUCCCAGCCCUCGUCCUUCCUUCGGGUUGUAUGGCAGCUGAACCAUUUUGCACGCCUGGGCUGCUAUAUCAGUCCGGUGGUCUGGCCAAAGACGAUAUUUCUAUCCGGAUUGGGAUGGACGGAGCAUGUUUUGUGAACCCAUAUCAUUCAUACCUUAUUCUAUGGUGGCCACCAAAUCAGAUUUAUGUAGCCAUGACAUCUACUUCCCCGGAGGUUGAGGAUGAAUGUUUUGUUUAUCCAGCGAUAACUAAGAGGUAUUCCCAAGUUACGUUACCCAACCAAGGGGAACCAGUCAGUGACAACCAGGACUAUAAUUCUCCACAACCAAAAGUUACACCAAGGAUACAUGGGCGUCCUUUGAGGUCAACACUUAAGGCACGGUCACAAUUCGGUCCCGACCCAUCAGGCUUUACUGCUGUGCAAGGUAAUACGGAUAUACCUGCAGGUUUCACAGGUUGUGACAAGACCUCUGAUAGUCAACGACGUAAUACAGAAAGAAUAAAAUCAAAGGACUUUCGGAACACAGACCACAAAUCCAAUAGUUCUCUACAAAAGGAGUUGGAGCAGACAACGGGAACCUCGUUUCUAUCGGUUGAGCCAUCCACGAUGUCAAAAAGACCAUCAAUUCAGCAAUUAAGAAAAUACUCAGUCGUCGACCCGAAUGCCUUAAAAUAUUUCGAAGGUAUAAAGAACGCUGGUUUAGCUGCCAGAGGUUUGUUGACCUCAGCCAGUUUGCUGUUGCCCGGGGAGAAAAAUUCUUCCCAGAAACCGCGCGAAUUCGGAAUCUGUAGUGCAUUGCUGAUCAUCAUGUCCUACGUUCUUAUCAUCCUUACCUUCCCGCUCUCAUUGUUUGUUUGUAUUAAGGUUGUUGCAGAAUACGAAAGAGCAGUGAUAUUUCGUCUGGGGCGGAUCGUACCCAAAGGAGCACGUGGACCAGGGCUGUUUUUUGUCGCGCCGUGCAUUGACAGUAUUCGCAAAGUGGAUCUGCGGACAGUGACUUUUGAUGUACCACCUCAAGAAGUACUGACCAAGGAUUCGGUCACCGUGGCAGUCGACGCGGUAGUCUACUACCGAAUAUAUAAUCCCGUUGUUGCAAUCACAAAUGUGGAGGACGCUGAUCGGUCAACAAGGUUACUGGCUGCCACUACGUUACGUAACGUUUUGGGAACAAGAAAUUUGGCGGAAAUUCUCUCGGAACGGGAGUCAAUCUCCACAUCCAUGCAGGCGAUGCUUGAUGAUGCAACAGACCCCUGGGGUGUUAAGGUCGAAAGAGUUGAGGUCAAAGAUGUCCGUCUUCCAGUUCAGCUUCAACGAGCUAUGGCUGCCGAGGCUGAAGCCACACGAGAAGCUCGCGCCAAAGUGAUAGCCGCGGAAGGAGAGGAGAAGGCCUCAGUUGCUUUGAAACAAGCUGCUGAUGUUCUGCAAUGUUCCCCGUUUGCGCUACAGCUGCGCUAUCUGCAAACACUAAGUGCCAUUUCUGCCGAGAAAAAUUCAACCAUUAUCUUUCCUCUGCCCAUUGAUAUCAAAGAUGUCCGUCUUCCAGUUCAGCUUCAACGAGCUAUGGCUGCCGAGGCUGAAGCCACACGAGAAGCUCGCGCCAAAGUGAUAGCCGCGGAAGGAGAGGAGAAGGCCUCAGUUGCUUUGAAACAAGCUGCUGAUGUUCUGCAAUGUUCCCCGUUUGCGCUACAGCUGCGCUAUCUGCAAACACUAAGUGCCAUUUCUGCCGAGAAAAAUUCAACCAUUAUCUUUCCUCUGCCCAUUGAUAUGUUGGUUAAUCUGAUUCGCCGCUGAGACCAGUGUUCCGUUUAAUUUCGAGUACCAAAGUGAAUGCUGAUAUUCGGCUGGAUGUUAUCUCUGUAAAAAAAACAAAUGCUGCUAUCGCUACCCUCUUCUUCUACUGUGUAUGUAGAUCAUGGUCUUGCUUGUUAUCCAUGAACGGCUCGAAAACCGUUCGUCCCUCAACCUUGCAAUAAAACGAUCGAGGAUUGAUGCGCCUGAUUCCUACUGUUUACAGCUGGUUUGAAUAUCUUCACACUCACACGCUUGCAUGCCCGCAUUAGUAAACUUCCUUUUCCAGAUCAUGUUGAUUGAAACGUAUGAUGCACCGAGAGCGGAUGAACACAGGCACUUACUUCCACAAACUGUUCCAAGACAUCCUCCAUUGUACGCACAUAUGUCAAUAUUUACCGUAAAUAAAAG